AUGUGUAGGAUAGUUCCAGAAGACGCUUCGCAGCAGAGCUGGGCGGUCAUUCCGACUUUACCCUCCUGGACGCAGCAUUUGUAAGACUGCAUCAACCAAGAAAACAAGACUUUGUGGAUCUUGUCUUUGGUUCUAAUCAGUUGUGAAGCUUUACAAGUUCCGGACGUUUUUAUAAAUUUGUUAGCUUGCUAGCUCGUUUGGAAAAAAAAUGUUGAGCGCUGCCAGAAGCAUUUCAAGGACUCUGCCGACAAGGUCGUGCUCCAGGAACGUGUCAUCCUUGGUGAAGAAGGCAUGUUGGAGUGGCUUCAAACCAGAUGUCCUUGGAAACCUGUCCAGAAGAAACUAUGCAUCUGAAGCCAUCAAGGGUUCAGUCAUCGGCAUCGACCUGGGAACCACCAACUCCUGUGUCGCCGUCAUGGAAGGGAAACAGGCCAAGGUUCUGGAGAAUGCAGAGGGAGCCAGGACCACUCCUUCAGUCGUCGCUUUCACUGCAGAGGGGGAGCGUCUGGUGGGCAUGCCGGCCAAACGCCAAGCCGUCACAAACCCACAGAACACUCUGUACGCCACCAAGAGGCUGAUUGGACGGCGCUUCGACGACCCAGAGGUCCAGAAAGACCUGAAGAACGUCCCCUACAAGAUCGUCCGAGCAUCCAACGGUGACGCUUGGGUGGAGGCUCAUGGGAAAAUGUACUCUCCCAGCCAGAUGGGAGCCUUUGUUCUGAUGAAGAUGAAGGAGACUGCAGAGAACUACAUGGGAACCAAAGUGAAGAACGCCGUAAUCACAGUUCCAGCUUAUUUCAACGACUCUCAGAGACAGGCGACUAAAGAUGCGGGUCAGAUCUCCGGUCUGAACGUCCUGCGUGUGAUCAACGAGCCGACGGCCGCCGCUCUGGCCUACGGUCUGGACAAGAGCCAGGACAAGAUCAUUGCUGUGUACGAUCUGGGCGGAGGAACCUUCGAUAUCUCGGUCCUGGAGAUCCAGAAGGGAGUGUUUGAGGUCAAGUCCACGAACGGAGACACCUUCCUGGGAGGAGAGGACUUCGACCAGCACCUUCUACGACACAUCGUGAAGGAGUUCAAGAGAGAGUCCGGCGUGGACCUGAUGAAGGACAACAUGGCUCUGCAGAGAGUCCGAGAGGCGGCAGAGAAGGCCAAGUGUGAGCUGUCGUCUUCUCUGCAGACGGACAUAAACCUGCCGUACCUCACCAUGGAUGCCUCCGGACCCAAACAUCUGAACAUGAAGCUGACCCGGGCCCAGUUUGAGGGGAUCGUGGCCGACCUGAUCCGCCGCACCGUGGCUCCCUGUCAGAAGGCCAUGCAGGACGCCGAGGUGUCCAAGGGAGACAUCGGGGAGGUGCUGCUGGUCGGGGGCAUGACUCGGAUGCCAAAGGUCCAGCAGACCGUCCAGGACCUGUUCGGCCGCGCUCCCAGCAAAUCCGUCAACCCUGACGAGGCUGUUGCCAUAGGAGCAGCAAUUCAAGGCGGAGUUCUCGCCGGUGAUGUCACAGACGUCCUGCUCCUGGAUGUGACUCCUCUGUCUCUGGGUAUCGAGACCCUCGGCGGCGUCUUCACCAAACUAAUCAACAGAAACACUACAAUCCCCACCAAGAAGAGCCAGGUGUUCUCCACGGCUGCUGAUGGUCAGACUCAGGUGGAGAUCAAGGUGUGUCAAGGGGAGAGGGAGAUGGCGGCAGACAACAAGGUUCUGGGUCAGUUCUCUCUGGUGGGAAUCCCGCCCGCUCCUCGUGGAGUCCCUCAGAUCGAGGUCACCUUCGACAUCGACGCCAACGGCAUCGUCCACGUGUCCGCCAAGGACAAAGGAACCGGCCGCGAGCAGCAGAUUGUGAUCCAGUCGUCUGGUGGUCUCAGCAAAGACGACAUCGAGAACAUGAUCAAGAAUGCAGAGCGGUACGCCGAGGAGGACAGGAGGAGGAAGGAACGCGUGGAGGCCGUCAACACGGCCGAGGGCAUCAUCCACGACACCGAGACCAAGAUGGAGGAGUUCAAGGAUCAGCUCCCAGCGGACGAGUGCUCCAAGCUGAAGGAGGAGAUCACUAAAGUCAGGGACAUCCUGGCCAACAAGGACUCAGAAACAGGAGAGAACAUCAAGCAGGCGGCCAACAACCUGCAGCAGGCGUCCCUCAAGCUCUUCGAGGUGGCGUACAAGAAGAUGGCAGCAGAGCGCGACAGCAGCAGCAGCUCCUCCUCCAGCGGGACAGAAGGAGAGAAGAAGGAGGGUCAGCAGUAAACUCCUGCACUUGUUGGUGAAAGAAAGGACUUUUGAGCUUGGGGAGGGUGAAGGGGACGGGGGCCGGCCCGUUCUGACUCAUUCUUUCCAUAAUAUAUUAUUCUACUGUGUUUUGGCAGUAAAAUAUUCUAGAAAAUUGAAACCUUCAUGUUCCACGAUGUACCGUCUGUCUGUAAUUUAAUUUUGGCCGCAUUAUGUUUAUUUUUACAAAGCUGUUGAUUUACUUUGUUAGUAAAAUUUCUUCUUUUGGUUCUGACGAGUCGGAUCUUUUCUCGCACAUCAGGAAAUGCUUCACAUGGGCUGUAGAAACAGAUUUCAAUGUGCUUUAUUGGUUCAACUUUGCUUUUAACUGUCGAUACAAAUGCAUCCGUGGAAGAUGGAACGGAUGGACGAGGAAGUUGCGCACUGAUCAUGCUUAAAGUGUCGUGGCGCCGCUUCGCUCAUCAGCAGAGCGAGGACGCAUCAGACCAAGUUUGUGUUCGGACGCCCGGCGUGAACAGCAGGAGGACGGAGUCCAGAUGGAACAACCGGAGUGGAAAACAUUUCCCCUCCACUCGAGGUGAUUCUGCCCUGUAGUGGAGUAAAGGGUGGAUGGAGGCGGUGUAUUUAUGUCCUGUGAAAUCUGGGGUUAACAGUGAAACUGUUGCUGUCUUUUCUAAUAAAACUCAAAUAUGGUGA